AUGAACAAGUUUAUUACAAUUGCUUUGGUCUUCUCUGUGCUUUGCUUUGGCAUCGCCUCUGCUGACAUCUGGUCGUACUGCACUGGCAACAUCAACCCAACUUUCAACAUCAACACAUUGACCCUCACUCCAGAUCCCCCCAAGAUCGGUCAGGUCGCUACUGUCAACCUCCAGGGUACCCUCACCGAGGAGAUCACCUCUGGCUCAUCAGUCUUCUCCAUUGAGUACUUUGUCGCCGGUGCCUGGAGAGCCCUCCCAGAUUUUGACAACGAUGUCUGCUCCGUCGUCACUUGCCCAGUCCAGACCGGUCCAUUCACCUUCUCCACUCAGAUCAACAUCCCCUUCAUUACCCCAAGAGGAAACUACCGUGGUCAGCUCAUCAUGAACGACCAGACCGGAAGAAACAUUACUUGCCUUACCUUUGCUACCACCCUCAACCCAUAA